UAUUUAGUUUGGGUCCAAAGGCACACUUCCCCAAAAAAACAAUGGCUGCUUCUUCCUGUUUUCUCCUUUUUCUCUCUUUGCUUUCUCUCAUCUUUCCCUUCAUAUCUUCAUCAGCCUCCACAACUACUAUUCCACUCUCACUCUUUAACACAAACCCAUCUCAAGAUUUAUACGAAAAGCUCACACAUUUAGCUUCCAUUUCCUUAGCCAGAGCAAAUUACAUCAAGAAAUCCCAAGAUUCUUCUGCUUCCACAACCCCUUUGUACCCUCAUAGUUAUGGAGGCUACUCAAUUACUCUUGGCUUUGGCACACCUCCUCAAAAAAUCCCUUUCAUUAUGGAUACUGGUAGUAGCUUUGUUUGGUUUCCAUGUACAACAAAAUACUUAUGUACCAAUUGUUCUGUUUCUUCCUCUAGCUCACAAUCCUUUCCUAAAUUCAUUCCCAAAUCUUCAUCUACUGCAAAAGUUGUUGGUUGUUUGAAUCCAAAAUGUGGGUGGAUUCAUAGCAAGACUAAUCCAAAAUCUCGUUGUCAAGAUUGUUCUGGACCAAAUUGUAAACAGAUCUGUCCACCAUAUAUUAUUCUAUAUGGUUUAGGUACUACUGGUGGUCUUGCACUUGUUGAAACUCUUGAUAUGUCUAACAAGAAAAUACCAAAUUUUCUUGUGGGUUGUUCUAUGUUUUCUUCCCAACAACCUGCUGGACUUGCUGGUUUAGGCCGUGGACUUUCAUCAUUGCCAAGUCAAUUAGGUGUUAAGAAGUUUUCCUAUUGUCUUGUCUCGCAUAAAUUUGAUGAUACUGGUAAAAGUAGCAAUCUUGUUUUGGAUUUUAAAGGUGAAAAGACCGCAAAUUUAAGCUAUACCGUACUGCAGAAAAAUCCAGUGGUGGCUGGAAGAAAUGAAUUAUCAGUAUACUAUUAUGUUGGUCUAAGAAAAAUCACAGUUGGAGGGCACAAAGUGAAGAUCCCAUACAAGUAUUUGAAACCUGAUUCCAAUGGAAAUGGUGGGAGUAUUGUGGAUUCAGGCACAACUUUUACAUACAUGAAUCGCGGUGUUUUCGAGCCUGUGCUUAAUGCAUUUGUGAACCAAGUAAAGGGUAUUCCAAGAACUGAAAAUAUUGAGAAAAUAACAGGUUUAAGGCCAUGUUUCAAUAUUUCCGGGCACAAAACAGUGUCUUUGCCAGAGCUAAAGUUUCAUUUUAAGGGUGGUGCUGAAAUGGCAUUGCCAUUAGCAAAUUACUUCUCAAUUGCAGGUGAAACUGAUGUGAUUUGUUUAACUAUGAUCACAGAUAGUGCUUUUGGCCCGGUGUUGUCUACCGGGCCAUCGAUAAUUCUGGGGAAUUUUCAGAUGCAGAACUUCAAUGUUGAAUUUGAUCUCAGAAAUGAAAAGUUUGGCUUCAGGCAGCAAAUGUGCAAAUGAAAAAAAGUGCAAUAUAACUUUAGGCCCUUUGUGCAAUAUAAUUGAGGCUAAAUCACUCAUAGAUUUGCCUUUGAGGCUUCUGCUCUAGUGGGAAUAAGAUGAUAGAUGAUAACAUCCAUUUGUCCAAUGAAUUAGACCUUGAUAGUGGGCUAGUGGCUAUUGCUGGAAGAUUAAAAGCUAGUGAAAAUAAAUGUACUUUACUUUUCCUCUUUCAUCUGCUAUUUAUUUUUGGUAAGGGGACUGGAAGAAGCAAACUGAAAGCUAAAAGAAGAAAGGAAAUUCUAAAUAUGGAUAAUUGCAUUUUUAAUCCCUCA